AAAAUUCUAAAAAUCCCAUUUCUGUUGUUUUCUUCAACUUCAGGUCUUCAUUUCAACAACUCUAUACUUGUAUAACUAUCUUGGUCUGAAUUAAAAAUAUCGGUGUGGCACAACCUGCCGCCGGUUGUAACCAUUAUCAGAAGAUUCUCAUUCUCUUUAUCAGAUUUUCCUUCAUUUUUAUUUGUUUUUAUUUAAUCACGCUAUAAUUUCCCACUAUUAUAUUUUCAGCUUUCUUAAUCUCUUCUCUGGGUUUAACAUGAUUUGCUUGAUUUGACGUAUGUUGAAAAGGACCCCUAGUCUCAUUUUUUCUCUUGGCACAAAGUCUUCAGUUUGGUGAUAUAAUUUAACAAACAAGAAAGAAAACUUUUAAAGAACAUAAUGUUGUGUAGAAAAAACUCAGGUUUUGAUGAUAGAGGAUCAGUGCCAGUGCACUUAAACGUGUAUGAUUUAACACCAUUUAAUGUCUAUGCAUAUUGGCUUGGCCUUGGAGUAUAUCAUUCUGGAGUUCAAGUUCAUGGUGUUGAGUAUGCAUUUGGAGCUCAUGAGUAUCCGACGACUGGGAUUUUUGAGGGAGAGCCGAAACACUCUGAUGGAUUUACAUAUAGGAAGACAAUUUUGAUUGGGAAAACUGAUAUGAGCCCUUCAGAAGUGAGGGCUGUAAUGGAGGAUUUGGCAGAUGAUUAUAAGGGAAAUGCAUAUAAUUUAAUCACAAAGAACUGUAACCAUUUCUGCAAUGAUGCUUGUAUUCGACUCACCGGAAAUCCAAUCCCCAGCUGGGUCAAUCGCCUCGCCCGAAUCGGGUUUUUCUGUAGUUGUGUUCUUCCAGCGACUCUAAAUUCGACUAAAUUCCGGCAUCAUAGAAUAGAAGAUAAAGCAUUUGAAGGGGAGAAGAAGAAAUUGACAAGCGAAUCAAACAGAUUAGCAUCUUCGAAUUCGUCUUCAUCAUCUUCGUCGUCUCCUUCCGGGACUCAAGUUCGCGGUAGAAGUAGAACCAGGCGAGCUCUUCCUCCAUCUUCCCCUUUGAUUUUUGGUUCUUCAUCUUCUUCAUGUUGAAAAUGUUAAAUUUUUUUCCCUCAAUGAAAGCAUAAUUUUAAUUAUUUCUGUAAUUCUUUCUUGUGAUUGGACGAGGCUAACAUUCGCUGAGAAACUUCGGCAGUGGCAGGAAUGUUACACAUAGUUGUACGAUUGAGUGCUUCACUUCAUUUUUUUUGUUGUGUCGGCGCAAUUUUAAAAGAAAUUUGACCUCCAUUUUUGUUACCAAA